CGUCCCUUUCAAGCGACUGCGUUUCUCCGUGUCGAGCUCGCUAUGGCUGACCAUAUAUCAAUGCGCGUCAAUGCUGCCCGUCUUUCCGGCAUAACUGGCAGGACAGUUCGUCUCCCCUGCAAAGUCCUCCGACUUUCAGAUGACAUCGCCAUCGUCCAAGCGAGCGAUGGUGGCCAGGUAGAGAUCCAAAGGAAGAACGUGGACGUGACUGCGACCUACGUCGAGAUUAUUGGGAGCGUGGUGAAUGAGUCCACGAUAAAAGCCGCGGCGGCAAUCCCAUUGGAUUCAGAAGGCGAGCUAGAUAUGCAACUGGUCAACGAAGUGAUCGAGCUCACGUUUGAACCGAGGUUCGACAAGCUCUUCCCUCGGUACUAGGUGACAGAGCCCAGCUUGCACACGCGUUAAUCUAUCAGCAUAGUUCCAUUUGUUGUUCUUGUAUUCUACUGUGCAUCGCACUACAUAUCAUGCCUUGCGCUCUUUUCCUAGUUCACGGCAUUAUUCGCAUCUACGAGGAUCAUCGUCGCUGCGUUUUCUCCCAAUACCACUACUUACCGUUAUCGACUGACACCACCCUCGUACGCGCAAUCACCAGCCCCCGAAGCAAUAUCAUUUUGAUUCUUGUUUUCUUCUGGUUCUAACUAUGUGUCACAAACAAACCUGCUAUUCGCGGUCAUCACAAAAAGAAUCGCGACACCCAAUGCCAUCUCUACUGUCUGUGUUGGUC